AUGGCCCAUGUUGAGAAGCCUAUCCGCAUAGCACCAUCGCUUCUGCUUUUUCCUCAAUCCAAGGCUGUCAAGGAUAUCUACUGGGAUUCGAAAUGCAAUAACAAAGCUUCCCUUUACGGUUCCGGUGCACUUGGCCCACCGCACCUAUUCUCGACCAUUGAUGGGAGUGUGCAUAAGUCCUUGAGAAAAGCCCUCGGCGGUCCAUCGUGGUCCGUAGGUGGAUUGAAGAACAAUUGGGAACCACGAAUAGACGCACACAUUCAACUUUUUGUGCAACGGAUGGCCGAAUUUGCCGAGAAAAAUCAGGCAGUUAUUCUCUCCGACAAAGUAGCAGAGUUCGCGGCCGAUAUCAUGACGCUAGUCUGUUUCACCAACCCCUGGGGCUUCGUCGACAACAGUCGUGACGAGCGCAACAUGCUCAAAAGUUGGCGAGAGGGAUUAGUCUUCUUCGGGUUUGCAGGUCGUUUCCGCUUCUUUCGGGAUGUGAUUCUGAAAGGCUCGCUGGGUAAAUAUUUUCUACCAGAGACAAGCGAUGACAACGGCAUGGGAUACUUGAUGAGGCAAGCAGACAGGGAGGUCUCUGGUCGGGAGCAGCGCAUGUCGCAAGAGGACUUUUCCCAGGAAAGACCAGACUUUUUGCAACUGUGCCUCGAGGCACGGAUGGACGGAAAGCCAUUGACGGCGAUGCAGAAGCGCGCGCACGUAACGCUGCUCAUUCAAGCCGGCGCGGAUACGACCGGAACGGCGCUCGGCAGUACCAUCCGAUUCCUUCUGACCCAUCCGGCCGUGUUCGCACGUGUAAGAGCCGAGUUAGCAGCUGCCGCCGACGCCAAACUUCUCAGCACACCCAUCCAAUUCGAAGAGACAAGGGCACACUUGCCCUACUUUGUGGCAUGUAUCAAGGAGUCUCUGAGACUUCACCCGCCCGCGACGAACUUGUUCGGCAGAGUGGCGCCGUCCCCGGAUGGUAAAGUCGUGGACGGUACCUGGGUACCCGCUGGCGCAGAAAUCACGAGCAAUUCGUACGUCGUUCAACGGGACCCUCAUCUGUAUGCCCCGGACCCAGAGGUAUAUCGACCAGAGCGGUGGCUUGAGGACGAGGGAAAUUCCAAGGAGCAUAUCAGCGAGAUGGAUGCUUCUGCUUUUGUGUUUGGCGUUGGGCCUAGAGUCUGUCUGGGAAAAGACCUUGCCAUCAUGGAGUUGUACAAGCUGCUCCCAGAGACUUUUCGGCAGUUUGACUUUGAUAUGAAGGAAGAGGGAGAGUUUGUGGUUGUCGGGGGUAUUGCCUACAACGAACGGUUUGUUGUUCAGCUGAAGCCGCGAAGGGAAUAG